AUGAAAACCGUAACAAAAAGAUAUACAACAACAACAACAACGACACCAUCAACGUCAACGCAAACAACAGCGAGCAAGUAUGGCUCAGACAAACUCAAAUUGAUGAAAGAUACUUUCACUGUGGGCACAUGGAAUGUUCGAACGUUAUGGGCGACUGGCAAACUGGAACUACUACGAAAUGAAAUGAAACGUUACAGUUACGACGUCAUCGGCAUUUCCGAAGUACGGUGGACAGGAAAAGGUGAAACAACAAACGGUGACUUCAUUUGGUGCGGGAAUGACAAUACACACAAUAAAGGUGUUGGAAUGUUACUCAGCACAAGAGCUCGAAAGGCUCUUAUGAGCUACAAUCCAAUCAAUCCAAGAUUAAUCACUGCAAGGUUUAAAGCAACACCAUUCAAUAUAACAAUAAUCAAUGUAUAUGCCCCAACAUCUGACGCAACAGAAAAUGACAUCGAAGCAUUCUAUAGCAAUUUGGAAGACGCUAUAGGAAAAACUCCAAAAAAAGAUAUACUUAUACUAACUGGUGACUGGAACGCCAAGGUGGGUAAUGACAAUACUGGCUGGGAAGCCGUCAUGGGCAGAUAUGGAUAUGGAACAAGAAACGAACGUGGCGAACAUCUAUUGGAAUUCGCAACACUACAUAAUCUAUUUAUUUGUAACACAAGAUUUCAACAAAAACCAAUUCGCAAAUGGACAUGGGAAUCACCAGAUGGUAUACACAAAAACAUGAUCGACCUCAUCAUGAUACAAAAACGUUGGAAAACAUCUGUCGUCAACUGUAGAACAUUCCAAGGAGCUGAUAUCAGCUCUGACCAUUCCUUAGUUUUGUGCAAUAUCAAACUAAGACUGAAAAACCUACACAAUAAACCAAAAUAUAAUCAACGACUCAACAUACAACAGCUCAAUGAUCAAACAACCAAAACAUCAUAUCAAAAACACUUGGAAAACAACUUAAACAACAUUCAAACAACGAAAAACAUAGAUGACCAUGCACUACAAAUUGAAAAAGCAAUUAAAGAAGCAUUACAAGCGAGCAUACCCACUCAAAAAGCAACAUCAAAGAAACCAUGGAUCUCAACUCAAACAUUGGAGUUAGCAGAUGAAAAACGAAAAGCAAAACAAGUGAAACACAUCUCAAUACAACUCAACAACAAGUACAAACAUCUUUGCAACGAGGUGAAAAAAGCAGCAAGGAAAGACAAAGACAAGUGGAUACAAACUCAAUGUGGAGAAAUUCAAAUGGGAUUGAAAGUUGGUAACAGCAAGCAAGCAUACAACUUGGUGAAACUAUUAAAAAAGAAAUUUCAACCAAAAUUAACAGCUAUACGAGAUCAAGAUGGCACAAUAGUACAAUCGAAACAAGGCAUCAUGGAAAGGUGGACAAAAUACUGCAGUGGACUGUACGAAGAUAAUGGUAGUGGGGAAAAGGUAGUGGAAGAACUGGUAAACAUAAGUCCUUCAAACGACAAUUCAUCAUAUGGCAUACUAUAUAAUGAAGUACAAGAUGCAAUACAAAAACUCAAGAAAAACAAAAGUCCAGGAACCGACGAAAUUACAGCGGAAAUGAUUCAAAGUGGUGGUGAAAAAUUGGUACACAAAAUUUAUGAGUUGUGCAAUAGAGCUUGGGAAGAGGAAACAAUUCCAGAUGAAUGGGGACGAUCAAUCUUGGUGCCAAUUCCCAAAAAAGGUGACGCCACUAAACUUAUAACUUAUGAAUAA